AUGGAUACAUCCAGAGACGACGUGGACGCGCUCACCGAGGCCAAGAUCGCGCCUUUGUGCUGGACGACCCCUUCGGAUCAAAUGCGAGCCGAUUCGAUGACCGAACAACGUCUCUCGACAGCGGGACUACUGCAAGAAGCGAUAGAAUUUGCCCUCGAUUUCCUCUCGACCUCGAGCAACGAAAAGCUAGCGGUCGUGUUCGCCCUCCUCACCAUCGUGACCUACAUCGUACUCGGACGAGUCGGCCUUCUGUUGAUCGGUGUUGCCCUUGGAAUCAUGUUACAUGCUUCGUGGGAAGGGGCCCACAGCCAUGGGAAAGAAGGGUCACAUAUGCCCAGAAAAAGAAAAGAAUUGGCCCUCGAGAUUUGCAAAAGGCUCUUAGAUUGGCCCAGCCGCGUCAGUUCCGCCGAGCUUGAGACUCAGAACAGGGACAAUAGCAACCCUGUCACCUCACCGGAAGACUUGUCUGCCGUGGACCUCGACUUUAAGACCUUCCGGCCAGCAACUGCAGCGGCGUUGAGGUUGCUCAUAGACGCUGUCAUUAGGGACUACGUAAAGUAA